AUGGCCAGCAAUGAUUCCCCCAAGCCACAAUUCCUCGCGCCUCCUGCCGUGACAGCGCUGCGGCAGGAGGCUCGGAAUAUCGAUCCGAAGAUGGUUCGGACAUUGAGCGAUAAUAUGCGAGAGGAACGUGAGGAUUUGAAGGAAGCGGCCGAACAGACAUUGAACAUCAUUGUGGAUAUGGACCUGGAGGGUUGCAUCAAAUGGGUCAGCCCAUCGUGGAAGCAGGUGGUCGGAUCAUCCCCUGAGUCAGUUGAGGGCCAUAUGAUAUCGGAAAUCCUGUUGGGCAACAAGGAUGUGUUCCGCGAUGCAAUCGAAUCCAUGAAGCAGGAUGAUUCGCGGAGUCGUUUCAUUCGCUUCGCCCUCCAGAUGGGGCCGGAUUCUGUCCUGAAGUACGCUCCUGAACUACCCCCGGCGGCUACGGAGAACCUCGCCUUCGGCGAAAAGACAGAGGAGUCCCAGGAGGAAGAGCAUAACCACAAUGUGCUUAACAUGGAGGGGCAGGGAAUCAUGGUCUAUGACCGGACAGACGAUGAAGCUGGCCAUACCAUGUGGAUGUUACGACCGCUGACCGAGCCAAGAGAAGUGACAAUCGAUCUGCCGCCUCUGCUGGUGGAGUCUUUGGGUGUUGGAGCAGAGGUGUUGGCAAAUUAUUUGACCGAAUUGGCUGAGGCUGCAGCGACAGAACCCGAUCCUUCCAAGCAUCCCGCCCCGACCCCCGUUCUCUGUCGCAUCUGUGAACGCCAGAUUACGCCAUGGUGGUUCGAGAAACACUCAGAUUUGUGUCUGCAGGAACAUCGGGCGGAGAUGGAUGUUCAAAUGGCACAGGAAAACCUCAAUGAGCAUCGGCACGUCAUUGUCAAGGUCUUGGAUGCUUUAGAGGCCCGACAAGGCAGACCUUUCAUCGGGAGCGAUGGAAAUCCAAUGCCCCUCCCUCAAGCGGAGUACAAGGGAUUAGCCAUCGGCCCCUCGUCUGCCAGCUCUGCUCCGUCGUCCGGUCCUGUUUCAAGCAGUAAUUCAGCGCCCGGCACGCCGUCCCGGUCGCGAGAACAUUCUGCGUCUGGUGCUAUUCCAAACCGACCCCGCUCAUUCACAGUGCGGAGACCACUGGCUCGCAUCGUGGAACUCGUUCUUGACCUGUGCGACACUUCACUGGAGAUUAGUAUGCCGAUGAUCAAGGAAUCUUCCCGGACAGACGCAGAGGACUUCCGGACGUUGUCACCACAAUCUGAAUCGCGGAUCUCUCAGGUUCUUCAGUGGCAAUCCCCCAGCUCCAACACCUUGGAACAAGAACAGGGUCUGGCCGCUUUGUCUGCGGACACCGAACAAGUUGCCAAGGCAAAAGUUGAUGCCGUUGUACGUCAUCGCAAGAUUGUCGAAUACGCCGAGCGAAUUCGCAUCGAAUACACAGUGCUAGUCGAGGAAUGCAUCGGGGCAGCGUUAAGCAAAGCGGAGCGCAUAGCUGCUGGUCAGCUCAGUGAUUCCUCGUGCUCAUCCGAUGAAGAAGUGGCGCCCGAGAGCACUGUCGACAGCAAUGUUCCUCUGAGCGAUAGCAACAGUAUAGUCGAGGAAGAGUCCCUCUCACAAACCAUGAGCCACGAAUUGCAACAAAAGCCGUAUCCAGCGGCACCCUCCCCAAGGCGACCGACAUCUGCGCUGACUCUGUCAAUGCGCAAUUCACCAGAUCGGUCAUUGCUCUCACAAACGGAACGCAGACCAUCCUCGGCAGCAGUAUCCACGGGUUCUAACAGCCCGUUGGAAUGCCCCACCCCGCGAUCCCAUAAAAGUGCUGCAGGACUUCUGGGUACAUCACAACCUUCUCGACUGGGCCUUGCCCUAGGGGACAUUGAUGCUGGUGACAGUAGCGACAGCAGUUUGCCGUCUUCUGUCUUCCCGGGAGCUGUAAGAACAGACUCACCCUCAUCCGAGAGGAGCUUCGAUCGAAAGCGCCGGAGCCUGGUCCUGCCCGGACUUUCCAGUUCUCCUCGACGGCAGCCUUCUCCCGCUCGAGUUUCAGGGCCGCAUUCCCCGUUGCGCAUGCCGAAGCCCCGUAUGUCUAGCGGAGGUGAAAGCCUGCCGUCCCCAAUGGCAUCUCCAUCUGCAUACGCAAGUGAACUGGCUCUCCAUCACUGCCGCCACCAUCGCCGGCAAUCCUCGGCAACUUCUUCAGAUGUUACGAAGCCACCGCCCUCCCCACGCCUACCUUCGAUGAGCCAGCAGCAGCCUCGACCUGCUCCGUUGUCUAUCCGCGAUUUUGAAAUCAUCAAACCAAUUAGCAAAGGUGCUUUCGGCAGUGUCUACUUGGUGAAAAAGAAGGCCACUGGCGAAUAUUAUGCGAUGAAAGUUCUGAAGAAGGCCGACAUGAUUGCCAAGAAUCAGGUCACCAACGUCAAAGCCGAACGUGCUAUCAUGAUGUGGCAAGGAGAGAGUGACUUCGUUGCCAAGCUAUAUUGGACAUUUUCUAGUAAGGAUUAUCUUUACUUGGUAAUGGAAUAUCUCAACGGAGGUGACUGUUCAUCACUUGUCAAGGUUCUUGGGGGUCUCCCCGAGGAUUGGGCUAAGAAAUACAUCGGUGAGGUGGUGCUUGGAGUGGAACACCUUCACAGCCGAGGCAUUGUGCAUCGCGAUUUAAAGCCCGAUAAUCUCCUUAUCGACCAAACGGGCCAUUUGAAGCUCACGGACUUUGGACUUUCACGCAUGGGGUUGGUCGGUCGGCAGAAACGGGUGCUGAAGAACCCUGAUGAGUCUGCUCCUGAUCUGCUAAAGCAAAAUUCAUUCCCCCGUGCGAUAUCGAUUGCAUCUUCUCGAUCGGCCUCAUUCGACUUCCAGGCAAGCUCAUCACCCGGCUCCACUCCACUAAUUACCCCGGAAGUGUCUGCCAAUGCCAUUCAGCCAUCCUACUUCAGCCUCAACCAGAGUGGCUUGAGUCGGCAAAGCUCUCGUCGAGCUUCGGGAUACCGCAGCGAUAGCAUGGGCAGUGAUGGUCUCAAUGGAAUGUUCAGGACAUUCUCGCUUAAUGAUACUUCCCACGAACCUCCUGCCUCAUCGCCGAGUAUGUUUUCAACUAGCAUGGUUGAAGAAGAGGGCCAAAGCGAGGCUGGCGAGUCUCCUCGCCUUCAACCCCUGCAGCCAACAUUCAGCAAUCCAAUGGCGCAGAAUACACCUCCCCAGCAGAGUAUGAUGCCUCCAGUGAUGGCUCUUUUUGAUCCUGAAGAUCACGACCGCCGUUUUGUCGGUACUCCUGACUACCUAGCCCCGGAAACUAUCAACGGCGUUGGGCAAGAUGAGAUCAGUGACUGGUGGUCAUUGGGAUGCAUCAUGUUUGAGUUCAUCUUUGGGUACCCACCAUUCAAUGCGGAUACCCCGGAUCAGGUCUUCGAAAACAUUCUCCAUCGCAGGAUCAAUUGGCCUGACGACCCAGAGGAGUUCACUUCAGCAGAGUCGUUGGAUCUCAUGAACAAGCUCAUGACUCUCAACCCUCGUGACAGAAUUGGAGCCAACGUGGAAGAGAAGUUUCCAAGUGGUGGCGCAGAGAUUUGUAGUCAUCCUUGGUUGUCUGAUAUUAACUGGGAUACACUGCUAGAAGACAAAGCACAAUUCGUUCCCAACAUCGAGAACCCGGAGGACACAGAGUACUUUGAUGCCCGUGGCGCUACUCUUCAAUCCUUUGCCGAGGAGUUAGAAGAUGAGAAAUCGCCACAACCGUCAGCUUCCGCUGGCCCCGACCGGCCUCAUGAUGCACUGUUCAAGGUGCGCUCUCAAGUCAAUUCAUCGAAACGACCUCUGAUGCCGCUGCACAUUCCUCCUCACGUUCGUGAUGCUCGGGAUUCACGAAGUCGGAGACUAAGUGAACCGGCCUUGGCCGAUGAUUUUGGCAGCUUCAACUUUAAGAAUCUUCCGAUGCUGGAGAAGGCCAACAAAGAUGUGAUCCAGAAGAUGCGCCAGGAGGCUCUACAGGCGCAGCACCGACAACCCAGUUCGUCAUCGGCCGCUCAGACGUCGGUCACUUCAUCCCAGCCGUCAUUGGAAGGGAGCCCACUACCUAUGUCACUCCAGCGAACUUUGUCACAGAACAAGGGCAAUAAUCGACCUUCUUCCCCAUCAGGCCUAAGUCAAACAAACUCAUCUCCUAGCAGGCCGUCACAGCCAUCUUCUCCACUCCUAGUUCAGUUCAGCACUGGGACUAACCAGGAACGGCGCAAGACGUCGGGCUCCUCAUCAGCCUCCCACCAAUCGAGUGGGAACUUUCAGCCUUCCUCUGCCGACCAGGGGCGCAUGCCAAAUUUUCGACUGGGCUCAGUGGCAUCCUCUCCCGUCAAAUCCAACCGAAUUCCAGCUCAUUCCCCCGACAAGACGGGCAACAAUCAACGCCAUGGCAGCGUCCCAGCGAGCCGUACCCGAUCGCACACUAUUGGCUCUCAGGAUGGAGAUGUUUCCUCGUUCCCGAAAGAACCGUUUGUGCCCCAUCAUCAUAAGCGCCGGAGUCAACUCUUUGAUAUCUCACCUUCAUCCUCUGACAAUGAGGAUCCACGCACAAAAGCACUUUUGAAGGUCCAACGUCGGCGACAAAGCUCUCGACGGUUAUCGCAAAUCAACAUCCUAGAAGGGCCCUUUUUCCGGCCAUUGGAUGUGCUCAUUUGUGAAGAUCAUCCCGUCUCGCGGCUGGUCAUGGAACGCCUGUUCGAAAAACUUCGCUGCCGAACCAUUACCGUUACAAAUGGCGCGGAAGCCGUCAGAUACGCUCUCAGCGAGGUUCAGUUCGAUAUAAUCAUGACUGAAUAUCGACUUCCCCAAGUCAACGGGGUUGAUUUUGCUCGGAUGGUGCGGGAGACGCGCAGUGCGAACAGGCAUACUCCGAUAAUUGCUGUUACAGGCUACUUGAAAGACCUUCCGGAGAAUCACAACUUCGAUGCCUUGAUCCAGAAGCCUCCGACCCUACCCAAGCUCACCGAGGCGCUUUACCAGUGGUGCAUGUGGAAACCUCCUCCAACGGAUUACAUUCCCUCCCAACCUGUUUCAGUUCCGGGCUCUGGUACUCGGUCAACCGCCGUGACAAACGAGGACAGCCCUAGUUCUGUAUCCUCUGGAUUUGUCCUCAAUCCCCCCAGCUCUUACCGAGGAUCCAGCCGCAAUGAUUCGCUCAGCAGCAGUGUAUUCGGAGAUAUGGAGUCUUUUAAACCGGGGGAGAUCCCAGUAAUCAUAAAUCGAAAUUCUGAUGAUUGGGAUCAAGGCCACGGUGGACUGGGGAUAUCCGAAGAGCCAGCGGAACACCCUGGGAGCCCAAGUCCUAACGCUGUACCUGUGCCUCACCUUCUCCAUGCCGCCACAGCACCCGCGGCCAUGGAUGCAACCGGUGGGCUCACACCCCGGAGGCAACGGUCAAGCGAAGCAAUUCGUGCCAAAAAGGAAUCCCUUGAGAACAAGCGGUAUGAGGGGGCCGAAUCGGGUGACGAUGAAGAUGAAGAGCUUGGCAAUUCCCAAACACGUCGCAGCCCACCCUCUCGAAAUCGCCGCCCCGGCUCUAAACUGGGGAUUGAGAUGAUGCGGACCAACAGUCGGGGCAGUGUUGUCAGUGGCAGUGAAGAACUCUUGAAGAAGGAGAGGGAGGCUCUUCGGAACCAAGCCGCAGAGUCCGCCGAUAACGAAGACAGCGAUGGGUCUUUGGGUUCCCCGGCCAGUACGAGCCUAGAAGAUCGUUUCGAGGCCCUCAGCAUCCCCGAAGAAUCGGAAGGCGAAGAAUCACCCAGUCCUCGUACGUCCCCUCCAAGGUUUGGAGCAUCUGCCUCUCAGUAUCACCGGCCGUCUCUGGCGCAUCAGGAUACCUCGAUCUACUCCGGACUUUCCCAGUGUACUACUACAUCGAAGCCUAGCCCGGCAGUGUUGAGUCAGGGCCAGACCACACCCCCGUGGGACUUGCCCCAGAGCACUAUCUGCCACCCCACUGCCCCGCCAAUCACCCCUGAAGUCAAGAUCUCCGGCAGCGCGCUGACCCGAGACGCUGAUUCAGGUGUGGACGCCGACUUUAGUCCCACACCGGACGCUGAUGCUACGCCACGACCUCUUCAUCCUUCCCCCAACCUUGAUCCGGAGCAGACACCUCGUCCAGCGGAGCGACAUCGCUCGGACUUGAGCUUUGCAUUCAAAAGAUAG